UGACAUUUGUACCCACUUGACCACCAUGGCUCUGGAGCCCAGGUCCAGCCUCCUCCUUACCAGAGCCCUUCUGCCGUCACACUCCAACCCUUCCCUUCCCCCUUCGUUCAGUAGAGGAACUCUUCCAUGGUGGGAAGAUUAAGCCUUUGGUGAAAUAUGUUAAAACCUAGAUUUCCUUCAUUCAGAUCUGAGAUCGACACUCAACGCCACCAUCGGAGCCACCGAGAUGCCGAUCACCACCACCACCAUCAUCGAUCUGAUAUAUCCUGUAUUUUUUGGUCAUGCAUGGUGCCAGCCACCGUGAACAGAUCUACCCUCCAUUUAUCUCGCCGGAGCAGCCAUCAACCGAGCUCUGUCGAUGGCGCCCGUAACCACCACGCGACGCCGUUAUUUCCUCUUCCUCGCCGCCCAGGUCCAACCCCAUUGUCCAAACCACCAACGACGGUGGCGGACCUCUGGUGUGGGUUAAAUGGUGGUUUGGAAUCUGUGUUCGGGUCUUGUUUUAUUUGAUCUGAUUUUUUUAUUUUGAUGAUGAAUGAUAUUGAAAUCAAGAUGUUGUUGGGUUGCUUGUUGUUGUUGCUAUUGAUUUGAAGGUGUGGGCUUAAGUUUAAAUGAACAUAAUCUGGUAGCCGGAGGCGGUGGUGGUCGGAGGCGAAGGUGGUGGUUAGAGGUGGUGGUUAAAGGUGGUGGCCGUGUGAGGUCUUGGCCGGAGGCUGGAGAUUGCUGAUGAAGAUGGUUGAGAGAGAAAGACAAUAAUGAGCUUUAUUGUAAAAGACAAAUUAAAAUUAUAAUAAAUUUUGAAUAUAAAAUUACAGGUAUAACAUGUUAUAGAUACAGUAUCAAAAUGGAAUAUUCCAUUUUUAUGGCUCUAAAUGUGUCUUGCACCGGUGCAAGACCCACAACCUAUUGCACCUUAGACAACACCUAGUUUUUCAUGCUUGUUAGUUUUUCUCUUUGUAGUAAAAAAUAAGUUAAAGAAAUAUAUUAAAUAUAUAUGACAUGUUUGCAAUCACGAGUGAGUCACAUUCCAGUAUUCCCCCAAUUUCCCAUCUUCCCCUUUGUUUCCUACUUCCUUCAAUUUUCUUGGUGAGUAAGAUUUCCUCUCUCAUUGAUUAUCAUCCCACGACAAUUAAACGCUGUCAGACACACCGCGUUUAUUACGUAGUAUUCAAUUCUUCUACAAAAUCAAAAACCAGAUCACCUGUGACGGACAAUCCAACUUGAUUCGAGAGGAUUAGGUUUCUCCCGAUUUCCCUUCUUCCUCAAUGGCCGCCAAUUCCCAAAGACCGGGAUCUUUCUACGGCGGCGCCGCCCCUUACCGAUCAAGCGAUGGGCUUAGUACCCGACCCGGUGCUGCCUCCGAGGAGAUCCAAUUGCGUAUUGAUCCCAUGGACUUGGACGAUGAGCUCACCGGUCUUCAUAGUCAAGUUAGAAGGCUCAAAAAUGUUGCUCAAGAGAUAGGUACUGAAGUGAAGUAUCAGAAAGAUUUUCUGGAACAGCUGCAAAUGACAAUGAUAAAAGCUCAAGCUGGAGUGAAGAAUAAUUUAAGAAGAUUGAACAAGAGCAUCAUCCAAAGUGGUUCAAACCAUAUUGUUCAUGUCAUUCUUUUUGCGUUAGUUUGUUUCUUCAUAGUGUACCUUUGGUCAAAGAUGUCCAGAAAAUGAGGCCUUGCGAGUUUACUACCCAACUUCUUGGUUGAAAGUCUUAUGGGCUCUUCGAUGACUCAUGUAAUAUGAUAGCAAACUUUUGUAAAGAGAAAGCUCUAAAUUCCUUUGGAGCUCAUUAUAAAAAAUCUAUGACUUUUCAGUUAUGUUCACUGGAUUGGAUGUAUGGCAUAGUUAAGAAUGCAUAAUUUGCUAGCUUAAUGGUUUGA